AUGAUAUCAGUCAGUCAUCAAACCAACACAUCCGUGAAUAAAAAUCAACAAAUAAUACAAGAAAACAAAAUUGAGAGUUGCGAUUUGAGUGUGAUUGCGAUACCGGUUCGUGGAGGUUCCAUAGGUGGUUCACCAGCGGCUCGCGGUGGUGAUGGAGGUGAUGGUCAGAGAGACCGGCGGAUUCGGUGCUUCACGGCGGCUUGUAAACUUUUCGGCACAAUUGUGAUUUCCUUCUCCUCCUUUCUUUUCUACCUUGAAAACAAGGUUCGGAAAUUCAUAAAUUGA